AUGGCGAAGCCGGCGCGUAGCAAAUCCAAUUCUGUUACAGAAGUUGAAGCAUGCGUCUCGCCGCUGGAAGGAAGGAGACCCGCGGGCAAAGAUGCCAGUCUUCGAGAAUGGCUCUUUAGCAACCAGAUAGGGAUAUCUCUUACCGUCCUGACGAUGAUCUUCGCGGUGCAUAACCUCUACCCCUCCCUGAAGCCGUACACUGCGCCUUUGUUGUCCCUCCCGCACUAUCUGCCCGCCAAGGGAACAUAUGUCCAGGGCAUGGACGAUGUGUAUUUUAUACUCAGUUCCAUGAUCGCAUUCACUGCGGUCAGGGCAAUUGCAAUUGACUGGGUCCUCCGGCCAAUUGCUUUGCAACUCGGCUUAAAGUCCAAGAAUUCGCUGAGAUUUGCAGAGCAAGGCUGGUUGCUCGUCUAUUAUGUCGUGUUCUGGUCGUAUGGACUGUAUAUCUGGGUUUAUUCGAAGUAUUUCAUGAAUUUCCGCGAAAUCUGGACUGAUUGGCCGUCGAGGGAGAUCCCAGGCUAUUUCAAAUUGUACUGCUUGUUGCAAUUGUCGUUUUGGUUGCAGCAAAUAUUCGUCAUCAAUAUUGAAGAAAGGAGAAAAGACCACUAUCAGAUGUUGACACACCACAUUGUCACGAGCACCCUUCUCGGAUCUGCAUAUGUCUACAGUUUCUACAACGUCGCCAAUCUUGUGCUUUGCAUCAUGGACAUUGUAGACUUCCUAUUGCCCUCUGCCAAAAUGUUGAAAUACCUAGGAUACGAGCGUCUUUGCACCGUUGCGUUUGGCGUAUUCCUGGCCACUUGGUUCAUCGCCCGCCACGUGAUUUAUAUGAUGUUAUGGUGGUCCAUUUAUCAAAAUAUCACCGAUGCCAUACCUUAUGGCUGUUACUCAGGUGCCAAUGGCCAGAGGCUUGUUGGUGUCAACCAUGAUUCCUGGACGUCACUUAUCUAUCCGUACAUGGACAUUGAAGGACCUAUAUGCAUGAGCUUCCGCAUAAAAUGGGCAUUCCUUUCCCUCCUUUUAUUCCUUCAAGUCCUCUCUCUAAUAUGGUUCGGUAUGAUUCUUCGUGUUGCGGUCAACGUUCUUCGAACAGGCUCGUCUGCAGAGGAUACUCGUAGUGACGAUGAAGGCGAAGAUGCCCCCGAAGAACCUCAUAUUGCUACGAAUAGCGGAGAUUUCUACAAUUCCCCUGAAGCUGGCUGGGCCAAAUCUGUAAUAGCCAAUGGCACUGCUCCAAAUCACCACCCAGUGAGAUUUAGAACAGCCCGCGGCCGCGUCAGCCUUAGCGAUCAACAUGACCGAAAAGCUCUGCUCGGCCGGAUUGGAUGCGACAAGCCUUCUUAA